AUGGCCAUAGGAGUUCCCGAAAUCUUGCACUAUGAAAAAUACCUUAGGCUGCCCUCUUUAGUUGGCAAAGGAAAAAAAGAAAGUUUUAGCUACAUAAAGGAGAAGGUAUGGCGGAAGCUUCAAGGGUGGGAAGCUAAGUUGCUUUCGCAAGCUGGAAGGGAAGUGCUCUUAAAGGCAAUCAUACAACCAAUCCCUACUUACACUAUGGGGUGUUUCAAAUUGCCGUUGGGCUUGUGCAAUGAGAUUGAGACUCUAAUUAAGAAAUUUUGGUGGGGCCAAAGAGGUGACCGAAGGAAAAUCCAUUGGGUUAAAUGGGAGGAAAUGACAAAAUCUAAGGAUAUUGGAGGAAUGGGCUUUCGAGAUCUUGCUAUGUUCAAUGAUUACCUCUUAGCAAAGCAAGCAUGGCGACUCUUGCAUGAUAAAACCUCACUCUUCUGUAAAGUAUUUAAAGCUCGUUUCUUUCCAAAUUCAAUGAUUAUGGAGGCAGCUGAUUCAAGGAUGGGGUCCUAUGCUUGGAAGAGUAUCCUUAGAGGAAGAGACAUCAUUCAAAGAGGGGCACUAUGGAGGAUAGGAAGUGGAGAAAAAAUGAACAUUUGGCAGCAACGCUGA